GUUGGACAGAUAUAAAUAGCGGCAGCAUGUGUGUUGGGUGCAGAGGAGCCCAGUUGCUGUCGUAAAAGCCAACGAUUGCACAGAGCCAUUUGACUGAAGUUGUGUCUCCUCCGAGCAAGUCCUUGUGCACUGAGCCUUUCUGGACUAACAGAUGACCACAGAAACAGAGGAUGACUUUUACCAAUCAGAGGAUGACUUGGAUGAAGAUGAGGCGACGCAAUAUAUAAUUGAACAAAGCCUCAUUCAGUAUAGAAAACUUAAAGGGUUGAAUCCAAGUGAUCUGAAACCAAGUGAAGACCCUGAUGAGAUCUUCAAAGCAAUCAAGGAAGGUGAUGAACAUACUCUGGACAAGCUAGCACUACAACCAGAGACUCACUCCAGAGUCGAUGACCGAGGAUGGAUCCCUCUACAUGAGGCCGCAGUGCAGGAGAAUAAAAGGAUACUAGAGAUCAUCUUUUCAGCAUCACCCCCGGGUGCAGCCCAGUGUCGCACUCUAAAGGGUGAGACGCCGCUGUUUCUAGCUGUGGUUCAUGGGCUCAGAGAGAGUGCUACGUUCCUGUUACAGAACGGUUCUAGCCCAGAUCUCCAGAACGAUGAGCAGGAUUCUCCGUUAGUGGCAGCCAUUCUGAAUGACCAGUAUGACUUGGCCACGCUCUUGCUACGCUACAAUGCCAGUGUAGAUCAAACAGGACCACUGAACAGGACAGCUCUGCAUGAGUCCUCCUUCUUAGGCCUGGAGAACUUUGUGUAUCUGCUCCUGGAUUCUGGUGCUAACCCUAAUGCAUGUGACAUCCAAAAGAAAACUCCCCUGGCUCUGGCUGCACAGAACGGACAUCUGAACGUGGUGGAGGUCCUGUUACAGAAAGGGGCUCAUGUGUGGUGUGAGUCAGAGUCCGGCACUAUCUUGUUUGAAGCCGCAGCAUCAGGAAACCCGGACAUAAUCUCCUUACUGCUUGACUAUGGGGCAGAUCCCAACCUACCUCUUUACAGUGGGCACCUGCCAAUCCAUCGUGUGGCCUACCACGGACACAUACUGGCUCUGGAGCGGCUCAUCCCUGUGACUAAGAUGGAAGCUGUAAAGAAGAGUGGUAUGAGUCCUCUCCAUUCUGCAGCUGCUGGUGAACACGCACAUUGUGUGGAGAUGUUGCUCAAAGCUGGCUUUGAUCCAAACUUUAUGCUUCACCAGAGGGUGCGCUGCAACUACGAUGAUGAGCGCAGGUCUGCCCUCUUUUUCGCCGUGUCCAACAAUAAUCUACAGUGCACCCGAUUGCUGCUGGAGGCUGGGGCAAUGGUGAACCAGGAUCCUAUCAACUGUUUGCAGGUGGCUCUCAGACAGGGCAAUUAUGAACUGGUCAACACGCUGCUGAAGUCUGGAGCGAAUGUGAACUACUACUCCAGAGUCAACACCACCCACUUCCCCUCAGCACUACAGCACGCUUUGAAAGAUGAAGUCAUGCUGAGGAUGAUUCUGAACCAUGGAUAUGAUGUUAAGCGCUGCUUUGACUGUCCCUAUGGUGAUAGUUCUCAUGACUACGCUCCUUGGACGACCUCAGUCAUCAAUGACAUGGUGUUCUGUGAGGUGAUAACAGUGUCCUGGCUGAAGCACAUCUCUGCUCAGGUGGUGCGCAUCAUGCUUGACUACACCGACCAGGUCUCCUUUUGCACCAAACUCAAAGACACCUUGAUGGAGCAGAAACAGUGGCAGGAGAUCUGUCACAUUCAAAGAAACGCACGCAGUCUGAAGCACCUGUGUCGGCUGCAAAUAAGGGAGCAUUUCAGUCGACUGCACUUGAAAGCUCCAGUUUUCAUCAACUUUCUUCCUCUUCCUCCCAGACUUAAAGAUUACCUGCGUUACAAGGAGUUUGAUGUCUACAGCAGGGGAAGCAUGUGAAAGAAGGAAACAGACCAUAACUAUCCAUUAUUUGUUUGCCUCAUUGUUUUCUGUUCUGGACAUUCUAUUGGUGUCCCAAUGCAUAUUGUAUGUUCUUUUUACG